AUGGUUAGCGAUUCUUCUAUAUUGAACCAGAUUGAACCAGUGACCAUUCAAAUCUUCUCUUCAGGUUUGCUAGUGAAGGUCACUAACUUGUUCAAGGAAUUCCAAUAUACUGUUAAAGAAACAUUCUUUGCUGAUGAUCCUCUAAGAUCCUUCAAAGACCAAACUAAGUCAAGAAAGCUAGUUCUUUGUAUUGAGGCCAUAUUCCCAAUUAUUAACUGGGGGAGAGGCUAUAAUCUUAAGAAGUUUAGGGGAGAUAUAAUUGUUGGUCUCACUAUUGCAAGUCUUUGCAUACCUCAGGAUAUUGGAUACUCGAAGCUUGCGCAUUUGGAUCCGCAGUAUGGACUGUUUAAGACUUUUGUCUCAAAUCCUGAGUUUUACUCGAGCUUUGUUCCGCCGCUGAUUUAUGCCUUCAUGGGGAGUUCUCGCGAUAUAGCAAUAGGACCGGUGGUAGUGGUUUCUCUCUUGAUGGGGACUUUGCUUAGUAAUGAGAUUGAUCCUGUUACUCAUAAAGCAGAAUAUCAAAGACUUGCUUUUACAGCCACGUUUUUCGCUGGGAUUACACAAGCAACUCUUGGGAUUUUCAGAUUAGGAUUCUUGAUUGACUUCCUAUCCCAUGCUGCUAUUGUUGGUUUUAUGGGAGGUGCUGCCAUCACAAUUGGCCUUCAACAGCUAAAGGGUUUCUUUGGCAUUAAAAGCAAAAUGUUCACAACAAAAACUGAUAUUGUCUCCGUGCUGCAUUCAGUGUUUGCAUCAGCCAAACAUGGAUGGAACUGGCACACUAUAUUAAUCGGAGCUAGCUUUUUGUGUUUUCUUCUGCUCGCCAAGUUUAUCGUAUGA